AGUCGAACUUUAGAAAGAGAGAAGACUCAGGGGACACCAAGUGGUCCGUUUCGUUCUUCGUUACGUUUUACUAAUACAGCACGACACAGCAUAAAAAGCACCUGUGGAGAAUUGAUUUUAGAAACAAAAUAGACUGCUCAGGAGUUUUGACAAGAUGCAAUCUCUUGACACAGCUAAGCACGAGGCUAGCGCCCCGUCUCGUGCGAACGUAGUGGACCGCUUAACGGUUAAGCAGCCUCGUGCUGGGGUUGCAGCCUCUUCCUCCACCUAUGGCGCGGAGAUCUCCGCCCACCUGCGUAACAUCUUAGGAGAAACGAGCCAGGGCAAAAAGCCCUACAGUACGUAGCUCUAGUUCGUCAGCGUCUUCGAGUAAUAUAACAGUCAGAGCUGAGCCGUUCGCUUACUAAGUAUGCGGCUCCGAUUAUUGGAGGUACCGAUCUUGAGACUUCUUUGCAUGGAACGCACUGUGUGUAUCUCUAUUGGAAGAAAUCCUUGAGAUAUCUGAGAGAUCUUUAGAUUUUUUAGAAAUGAAAGUGACAGUUUUCACUUUCAGAGGUCUUGGGAAUGGAUUUGGAUUUUCAGAGGUCUUUAGGCCGUAUUUCCUUGGAUAUUGCUUUUUGAUUUUUUUGAGUUUGCGAUAUCUACUUUAGAUUUUCUUUUGAGGAAGCAAAAAGCCUGAAGAAGGUGCUUCUUGAGUCAAUUAGUCUUCAAAAGAAGACUCAUUUCUUUAGAAUUUUUUAAAUACAGCAACUCCUUGUUAUCCUUCAUCCGGGGUAGUGCUAAUGAGUGACUUCUUUUGCGAAGUAUCCUAUAGAUCUACUCUUUUGAACUCUUUUCGUCAGAUUUCCUGUCACAUACUGAUACUCGAUUGAUUAGCGCCGAGGAUGGUGUAGAGUUCGUAUUUAGAUUUUUUAGAACAGAGCUCGGCUUCGGACUUUUAGACUUUUUAGAAAUAGCGUCAGCCUGCUCACCAGAUUUCUCAGAGAGAAAGCAUUAGAUUUCUUCCUCCAAAUUUUUUAGAUCGUUGGAAAAUGGCUUGCCAUUUCUUGGCAGGGUGUUGACGCUGUAGUCGACCUUUUUUAAAUCCUCUAAGCACAUUUUUAGGAGUGCAAUCUCACGACCAGAAGCCAUCCAAUUACUUCCAACUUAAAAACAAGAACUGCGCGCACUUGCGCUUAAUAAGAGAGAGGUAGCCUUUGUAUUUUUCAACUGUCAGGUGGCGACGUUUUGGUGCGUGACUUUUUUCCGAAAAUUAAUAGUCUCACUCCACAGUGCGAACGGCAAGGCCCUGGCAAUGAUGUUAUAUCGCUUUUCUAAAUUUUAUACAGUGGAAGUAGUAGGGCAGUGGCCUUCUAUGUCCUUGGGGUGGGUACAUUCAUUCAUCCACUCUAACUCAGUAAACUAUGCUAUGUCUCUACAUCGUUUGCCUUCUCGCUCUCAGUCGGAUUCUAAAUUAUCUAAAUUAGCCUAAGGAGGAUUAGGCCUCCUUCGCGGGUCUUCCUUUUGUUUUGCUUGAUUCCUACCAUUACCUAGCUACCAAAAACCCUACGGAAAUCUUUCCUGCCCACCUUCCUGCCUGCUCUUACUCACCUACUCUUACUUGCUUAUUUGUGCCCACAUAUCUGAAAAAGUCUUACCUACCUCCAUGGCGAGUGAAUAUUAUGAAUUGCUUUCCUACUCACGGACCCUAGUACAGUCUACCCUUGUUAUUCCUAACGCCACAGCCCGAACCCCUUUCAUAUGUUGCCAUCGCCUGAAAGUUGUUGGCAGUGCGGGAAAGACGGGUACGGCCGUGGCCCUCCUGGACGCCGAGUCGCGCUACGAAUUUUCUUGGCCUUAUGGUGAAGUAGUAUUCCCAUAUUUAGUGCAUGUGCUUGCUUGUAAAGGUUGACCAAGCAGGAGGAGGAGAGAAAAGUCGAGCAUUGAAGAUAACCGAACUGAACGAAAGAAAACUCAGCACCUUUUGGCCUACUUUCUGGCAUUUAGUUACUUACAUGCUUGCACAUGGUUGGCAAAUUUAGUGCAUAUGUGUGUCAUCAUUAGUGCACAGCUCUACUCUGAUUUUAUUACUGACAUAGGAUCUAUGAGACAAUAUAUACAUUAUAGAAGCAGUAGCAUUUACUCCAUUUCUUUGAAAUGUACCGACACCAACAGUUGAAGCCGUAUACAGGAAAGAACCGUGGACACAUCACUGGAAAUGAAAACUUGGUAGGAAGAACUGCCUUCAUGAUCCUCGACGAAGGCAAUCUGUAAGGGCAAUUCUGCUUUUCUCCACCGUCCUCUCUACUCGAAGCAAGAUAGACGCAGAAGCCCAGUCAUUUAGUCCGUGAGGGAAAAGCCACAGACACUGGGAUGGCUAUGGGGGUGGCCGUUGCGUUUGUUUUUUUAAAUAGUUUACUUCCUUUUCAAUGGAGGUUUUUGCGCUGGUUUUGAAAAAAUUUAGAAGACAUGCCCAAGAAGCCAAUAACAAUCCAGCAACAAGCUAGACCAGCGGGUAGAACUCGCCUGGGAAAUCUUAGGCAGCUCGCCGAAUAGAUUCAAACCCUCAACUUUACAUGCCCAGAAAGCGGGCCCAUCAAGGGCCCGCUGGGCUGGGCAUCGGUUAACGGCUAGGCAGAUAACUAAGAUACAGAAAGACAAGCGAAAAGGGCCGCCUCCUGCGCGCCAACGCUAGAACGGCCGGCAAGCUGGCGCCCACUGUGGCGAGGCUAGUAAGCGGGCGACUGCUGUGGCUACUGCCUUGGCCAGCUUGCUCACUGGGAAGCCAAUGGACGCCAAGGCCUGGCCCCAGCGAGCUCGGAAGCGGUGGCCAGCUGGCUCGAGGGCCAUCCGUGGCGAGGUAGGUAGCCCAGUCAGAAGCCAAGCCCUGGCCAGCUAGCUUGGAAGCAGUGACGAGCUUGCUCAGAAGCAAGUCGUGGCCAGCUUGCCUGGAAGCCAAGGCGAGCCACCUCAGAGAGAAGGCGGGGCCAGCUAGCUUGGCUGGAAGCCAUGGCGACCGAGCCGAAGCCGUGGCCAGCUAGCCUAGAACUAGAAGCCAUGGCCAGCCAGGUUGAAAUGAAAGCGUAGCGAGCUAGCCCAGAAGCCAUGAGUGACCAGCUAGCUUGGACGCCGUGGCUUCCGAAGGUGUGGCCAGCUAGCUUGGAAGCCAUGGCUGGCCAGCUAGCUUGGGAGCCAUGGCUGGCCAGCUUGCUGGAAGCCAUAGCGAGCUAGCCCAGAAGCCAGGGCCCGCUAGCGUGGAAGCCUUGGGUGGCCAGCCAUCCCCCCCCGGAAGCCAUGGCGAGCGAGCUCAGGAGCCACCGCCAGCGAGCUUAGACCUUGGAAGCCAUGGCCAGCCAGCUUGGGAGCCAUGGCCAUGGCGCGCUAGGUCUGAAGCCAUGGCCAGCUCGCUUAGACAGCUAGCGCAGAAGCGUCGGACAGCUAGCUACGAAGCCGUGGCCAGCUAACUCUGACUCUGAAGCUUUGGCCAGCUUGCUAGCCCUGAAGCCUUGGCGGCCAGCUUGUUAGCUUAAUAUUGGGGGGCCAAGCAAUGAACUUGGGCGCCAUGGCUGACUAGCUCAGAAACGGCCGCCCGCCUGCUCGCUUUGAAGCCUUGGCCAGCUAGCUCAAAAGCCAUGGCCUGACAGCUUAGAAGCUAUGGCCAGUCAGCUUGGAAGCCAUUGGGAGGGAGCUCCAGACACUGACAUGGCCAGGCAUCUUAGAAGCCGUGGCCAGCCGGCUCAGAAGCUACGGGCAGCCAGCGAGCGGGGAAGCCUUGGCCAGUUGGCUCAGGGUGCGGCCUUGCUUGGUCAGCUAGCUCAGAAGCCUUGGGCGGCUCCCUAGUAGCCUAGGCUCCACGGGUUGGCUAACUGCUUCUGACAUAGCUGUCGCGGCUUCUGCGCUCUCCCUUGAGGCAGGGUCUAUAGAAGCCACUUUUAUUAAGAGAGGGGCGCUGGGGGAGCUCCUUAAGGGUGGCGCACUUUUAAGGAGCUUCCUUAAGGGUCUUCCUUAAGGGCCCACCCUUAAGGGGAUCGCAGGGUUUGGUCAAUUGUAUAAAUAUUAGAAUUAAUAUUUUGUUUUUUUCUAGAAAUUUUUUUUAGAUCAGGAAGCCUGUGCCAACUUUGGCAGGGUGAUUUCGGUCAUUGGGGUUGCAUUGCUGCGUGCCCUUCUGAUCCAAAUCAGGGCAGGCAAUUCCCUAAGAAUAGACACGGGCGCCCGCCCCCUCCUAGGCGUGCUCGCUCCUAACUAUCUUAUUGUUGGGCAGAGUGAUAGUGGAUAGAUCAACAAUCAACGUGAAACGGCUCAAGGAUCUCAGCCAAGAGGCCCACCAAGAUCGCGAGCCAAAUGGUUACAGGAUCAGAAUCACACCAAUAGGAAGACCAACAAGAUCACACCAGGCGGAUCGCCAUCAGGAUGAUCACCAUAGGAGUGGAAUACUAUCGGGAUCGAGAACGUCAGCGCCGAGGCCCCUAGCGUAGCAAGUAGCUUGAGACCCAUAGACAUGAGCAACUGCAUGAGAAUCAGCAAACUCAAUGGACUUGCUCCAGCCUUCGCAGGUAUAGUGAGGGGGGUGCUGUACUGUUGCGAACUUGACUCCCCUGCGGGUCUAGUUUUCUAGGUUUUCAGUGUUCUAGCGCUUAUCUUAUAGGUGUGUAGGAGUAGGAGCGUGCGCGCCGGGCGCUCUGCUCUUGGGAGGUUUUUUACAAGUCGCCUGCAGAAUUUUUUUCAGCUUCGCAUGUGAUGGCUUUGGGAUUCGGAAUAUUCGGCGGCUCCUAAAAGUUUCCGAUCCAGCCACCUCCCCGCUGUGUUCCGCAAAUGUUAAAAGAAUAGCUCUGGGAAGGCGGUGGGGAUGAUGGUCGCAGCCGUAUGGGCAUGGAGGUCGUCAAUAUGAUGACGGUGGAGGCCAUUGCAAUACUGUGGGGACUACGAUCACGGCACUGAAGUGCUGCGCCUAUGGUGGGGGGUUGGUGCGGUGACACAUAAGAAAGGGGGCCCACACGUUUGGCAACUUUGCAACCGCGUGAGAAUCGUGCGGGCAUUUCUCAAGCUGUACAACUGAAACAGGCCGCGAAUUAUAUAGAAAGCGCACCACCUGAAAAGGGGCGGGGGUGUGCGCUCCUAGUGUGCACAGGCAGGCCUGGAAACUUCUGUAGACAAGUGCUGGGCUGCAGGCCUGUCGGGGAGGCUUGCUGGAUGUUCGAACUUCUCCAGAAAAAUGGGGCGGCUUUUAGAAUUUUUAGAAGUGUGCCACUUCUGGAAGUUGGAUCAUGGGCUUCAGGGCUUACGCUUCAGAACUUGCGGAACUAUGGGAAGGCCUUCAGAUACACGGCUCGACCUUUUUUAGAAGUUUUGGAGAAAGGGCGCGGCUUUUUGGGUCUUUAGAUUUAGAAGCGUCUCUGGCAUCAGUGUGAAGGCUUUUAGGGUUUUCAGCUAGAAUGCCCGCAGGGCUUUCGCCUUGUAGAAGUGUGCAACGCCCUCACCCUUUUGAAGUUUAGAAGUUUCGCAUCCUUGUGGCUUUGGUGCUCCUCGUCUUUUCCUUAGGGGUUCCUCGUCCUGUAGAAGUUCCUCUCUUUUUAGAAGGGCUCUACGCUUAUUCCCUGGACCGGCGUAGGCUGGCUCCUUCCUCUUUGUUUGGAAGUCUUCGCUUUUUUACGAGUCUCGCUCCCGUCUCUUUUAGCAUGGUCCUCGCCGUUUUCCAUCCCCUAAAGCUUCCGUGUGGGUUUGUUGGAGGAUUCGCGGAGGGAAGCUGAGAGCGCACUCGACAUGGAACAAAAGCGCCUGCUAUCUGCCAGGGGUCAGACGCGUACUCUCCUACUUUUUUGCAUUUUCAUUAAUGCUAGCACUUCUCCUACUAGGGUUUAGGGUUGGGCUUAUGGUUUAGGGCUUUCCAUGUUUGCGGGGUCUAGUGGUAAAAGUGAAGGCCUGGGAAAGUAGUUACUUGCUAAACUGUUCACUUCUCUCGAAUGAAAGCACGCGACCGGACUGCUCCCGAUACAAGAAUGGGCCAGAUUGGACCUGGCCCACCUCGGGCCGACAUCGAUCCCUUCGCGCUUCCUCUAAUUUUUUGGAAUCCCCAAAAUCUAACAACAUUGGGCCGCCUGAGUUCCUCGCGCACAAGCCCAAGCACAUUAAUGGGAGGGGGCGAGAGCAUUUCGAGAUCCAGGGGCGAGGCUCCUUGUCGCGCACAUCCAUGGGCAGCCAGUCAGAUAGAGGCAGCACCCACGUGCCGGGCAGCGUGCCGGUACUCUUCUCGGGGUCAGACUGACGAGGCAUCUGUAUCCAGAAGCUUCGGCGCCAAAUUGUGUUUCGCGGGCUUUGUCUUCCUCUUGGUUGGAAGCUGAAGGAAAUAGCGCACCGCCUGGAGUUGGAGACACUGACGCAGACGAGACGACACGCCGCAGCUGUUCAUGGUGUCGAGCUCGUUGGACUUGUUAACGAGCGGGCGCAGGGCUGGCGACGUCGUGCGGCCCAUCAGGCUAGAGAAGACGGAGGGGGCUGCUUCUUGCAGCUUCUUAGCAUCGCUCGGCGGCUGGCAGCACUCCCCUCUCUAGGGUUUCGCCAGCUGCUUCUGUGAUUUUCAUUCCUGACUGCGCUCGCUUCUGGCAAGUGCCAAACCCCGGGGGCGUCUUUGCGAAGUCAAGGAGAAGGCUUAGAACUUCAGCAAUUUGCUCCACCAAGACCGAAUACGGGACACCAAUGGCGACGAGAACAACCAAGGACGAGGCCAGCGCCUCCGGUGCCAACUUUUUCGGGACAAACAACCCCGGCGCCGUCGUCGGCGUAGACUUCGGGCAGGGCAAUGGCCAACCGCCUGAAGCCCAUGCGUGUCCCCCAUGCUAUUCGUUUCCAACAGGUAACCGCGUGAACUUUGUCAGCCGCACAGACUAGCCCCUGGAACGCGAGGCGCCUCCCCAUGUUUGGCGGCCACGCCGCUGGCUUGUUGUGUUCAUGUUGUAGAUGGUCGCCCGUCACUGGAGUGCAGUUGCAGGCUUUAAGGAUUUCAGCCACCCACCCCGAAACCAUCAACAGCGGAACAGCCAACAGGCACAGAGACUCGCUGAGCGUGCUGCCAUCGCUGAGCGUGCGCCUCUUGGACGUAGUAGAGAGACGUAGGCGAGCAUGUGGCGCUGGGUGCCUUCUUCUUACUUCGUUCUCACUUUCGGUGGGCACUCGUUGAAGAUAAAGGGUCUUCCACUGGGUGCAGUUGUACUCAUUCCCCUCAGAUAGGGGCCCGCUUGCGCCUCGGACUCUUUUGCCAUUCCAGCUGCCUCCUUAGUGGGCGGGCCUCUUGUUCAUGGCAGCAGCGUCGUCGUCCAUGACAUUGCAGCCCUGCAGGCAAAGCAGUGCCCUGCUCCAAGAUUUCUGUGGCCGAAGUCAUCGCCGCUCCGCGUUCCAAAAGGAUCGCCUUGUUCUGCGGGGCAGGUGGGUCGAUGGGCUUGGUUGGUCUUGUUGCUCUGUUCGACCGGGAAGCGCAUGGCGACAGUUCUCUAUCGCGUCUUGGGUUUCAGACGUCCCUCUUAGGCUUUUGGCGCCGAUAGAUUCGCCGCAUGAGAACAGGCGCGGCGAACCUUUAGGAGCAGGCAAGGCGAGUGCGUGACUCGGGUGAUUAUUUAGUGGGGGAGAAAAGCUCCCACUUUGAAAAACAAAAGAGGGCGAUACACUGGGAGCAUUUGGCCACUAUUGCUGAACACGUGCGCGCAUAAAUAUAAUGUGGCCACCUACUGGGGGCCGCGCUCGCCUCUAAUCUCCGGGGAACUGCUAGAGGAUGUGACGCCGCCCAAGAUGAGUGCGGCCAUCUGACGGCUGAGAGCUAUGACCCCCAGGGGCUGGCGACCUGCCUCGUCUCCAUCGGCGAACCUUGCCAACAGAACAGGGCCGCACCUUCUUCCCAGGGUGCUUCUUUCUGUGAGCCUUGUCCGGAGGGUUUCUGAGGUCUCUGAUAUUGUCCACCAACGACGAGAGCGGCGAUGGGGCUUCGCGUUUCUUGUUUGCUGGAGGCCAGUACUCGGUCUGGGGCGCCAGUCGGGCCAGCUGCGUGCUGCGGCACCCCGAAGAAGUGGCUCGAAGAAGUUCGCUUCCUCUGGAGGGGCGCCUUGGCUUAAGCGCUGACAUUGUCCAGCGCUGAGCUGAGGGCGGGGGGCUCUGUCUCUAAUUUGAUCCCGUCGGCCUACUAAGUAAUGACGCUAGUACAGCAAGAAGUAAGCAAAAGCCUGAGGCUCUGACUGUAAACGACACGCAUCACAGCCGAGAGAAAUAACCUCGCUCGUUUUUGUGUCUCUCGACUGAAUGCGAAUCCGCAGACUCUCAUACCGAUCUUUAUCAGCUCACUUCCUUGCUCUGCUUGUUCUUAUGCUUUUCGUCUUCUUUGUUCUCUGAGGCUCUUUGGCAGAUUCUUCCUUCUUCUUGCUUCGCUCUGCUGUCGCACGGACCGACCGAUAAGACAAAGACGGCGCUGCCUUCUCUCGCUCUCUCGGUCGACAGGUGGGCCUACUUGCUUUCCCCAGAAAGCUGAAAACACUUCGCUACCCCCAAUCCCGCAAGUUCUGGCACCCGCAGCCUCGUCUUUCUUUUCUCGUUGAGGGUGGCAAGUGCAUAGUACUACAUCCUCUGAAACCAACAGCAUGACACUCGGCUUUUGUGGAUUGCUUCACCCAAGGUGAGGCACCCCCUCGCCACCACUGUCCUCGGAGGUGCAUCAGGGUGAAGCGUGAAUUUCUUCCCGAGUAGAAACCCACUAGAUUGAUACCCUCACCCCAACACCUGCAGUAGAACCUCGGUGGUGUAGUGCGGAAGUGAUGGGCUAACAACGUCAGGCGUAAGGGUGUACAAUCUAAAUUCUGAAGGUGGAGGGCGAAUACUGUCGCAGAAGUGCGCGCCAGUGAUCUAUCAUCGACCUCAAUCAUAUAAGCGAGACCAGUGCUGCUUCUAGUUCGAAAGUGUCCCGAUAUCUGUGAAGUGUCUUCGUAUAGGUAUGACACCUCGAGGAGAUAACGCCGACUACUGGAAAACUUCAUGACUAGAGACUAGUUCUGUUCAAAACUGUGCGAGUGAAUAUCCCCCCGAGUGUAUUCAAGUGCGUGGAUGGUGACACUAGCUUCAACAAUCUAAAGCACGAAGCAAAAGAGUGGCCGCUAGCUGUCUGCAUGCUUCGCCCGGUGUAGUUGCCAAGUAUCUGCGUCAUGUUGCUGCGCGUCCUCCUGUUUAUCUUCCAGACGACUUGUGAACUGGCGAACUACUUCCCAAGAAAGUGGCCGAGUAUCUUCAUCUUUAUACGUUGAGCGACCUCCUCAUAAGCUUACCCAAACAGUUGCGAACUACGCACAUCCCUUCCGUACGUGAGUUAUCGUUAGAUAUACAUCUCGGCGAGCAUCUUGAAUGAUGAUAGAAAUUCAUAACUUCACUACUGACAUCGGGGCGGGGAUUGCUUCUUCGUGGUGCUAUCAGGUGAAGCCAAACGAAAAGGCCGCACAUUAGCGCCAUGCCACGCCAGUGCCUACGUACUUUCUUUCAUGAGUCGCGAAUUAUCAAAACUCCACUGUAUGGCCAGCGGAAGCCUUCAUGGUCAAAGAGAAACUCUAUGCGAGAAACUAAAUGACUAACAUACAUGGAACGAGUCCCAAAGUGACAACUUCUUCACUUGCGCUCCGUAUUCUCAAUGAGAAGUCCUGCUGUGGGUGCUCGGAGUGCCUUCCAGCACUUAGGAAACGGAAGUGCUGGCAGUGUUGGCAGAUUCGUGGGAGGCUUUCUUCGGAGAAGCCUGCGGCGGAGCAUUAUCGUCGGAGCCAUCGCCAUCGUCAUCAUUUUGGUCACCGUUCGGAGCAUCGACAGCUUCGCCUUCAUUCCCAUCUUCUUCUUCCUCUUCUUCGUCGGUCAUCAUCGUCUUGUGCCUCAGCAGCAGGCGGAGCAGCGUGGGCCGGGUUCAGAUAGUGCUGCAGGUUAGCGUGCUGGCCCAUGCGUGCGCUCUGAGCGUUGAGACCCACAGCGCGGCGGCUGUCGUCGAUUUUUACGGCGAGAUCCGUAGCACGCUGCAUCCACACAAACAGCCAAGUAGUCGGCAUCUGGUUGUGCAAGCGUUCGGCCUCGGCCGGAUUGUCUGAAGGUGUUAAGGUGAGGAUAUUAUACGAAGAUGAUUCUUAGAAAUGAGUUCGAAAAUAACUGCACUGAGUCUUUCAUCUCUAAAAAAUCUAAAGAGAAUAAGUAUAAAGAUGUAGUACGGGGCAAGGAGUUCUCGACGCGAGUCAGCAUGCUCCGGCUGACAUGACCAACGACCGCAGCACGCAGACCACGGAUAAGCGACCGCAGGGCCGGAGUGAUCUUGUCUUGGUCAGCGAGAGCCUCCAAGACCUCCAUGCGGCGAGCAGCGUCUUCCUGGUGACCCUGGAUAUCUGCCAUGUCGACAUGCGAGAUGAUCAUGGACAGAGCGACGACGAAUCCGGAAACCUCUCUGAUGCCUUGGGCCAUCUCCAAGCCGAACUGUUUGAAGUACUGGAUUCCAGCCAGGAAGUGAGCCUCCUGGUCGUUGUUCAGGUCCAUGAUGCAGGUGCCCAGUUUCGAGCUGUAGACUUGCAGGCCCUCACCGUGCACCUUCUCGCAGGCUGUGAUCAGUUUGCGACGGAGACGGCCUGGAGGCAUCACGCGCUCGAGCUCCUUGCCCAUGGAGCGGCUCUGGAGGUGUUGGAGAAAUGGACUAUUUUAAGACAAUAAGGCGCGAAGAUUCCACCGAGGUAAUCAAGUGGCGAAAGUGUCGCGCAGCAGUGUACUGAUCUAGACAGGAGACGAACGCUAACAGCUUGAGGACUUCAGAGACAUCCGGGCACAGCGGUGGGACUUAUUCGCGGUCUAUACCUUGCACGAUACUGAGACAACAAGACAGAUUAGCACUCUGAAUCCCACUCCUUGCGGAGUCGCGAUGCUGAGCGAAGUGCUGACUCCCAUGAAGGUCGGGCGGUUCAUCGGCAGACCCAACCCGCGGACAACACAGCUCCACAACGUAGCGACUUUCACGUCGCCCAGUAGUGGGAUAAAGUUCAAGGAUGAGGACUGGCAUGGAGAUAGGGCGUCUAAAUCUAAGCAACAAGAGUAGAAGUUGGCACUUUCUUACAGUGUAUACAGCUCGAGCGACUUCUAAAAGACAGCAGUUGGGCAGGGUCUCUAGCGCUAGCAUCAGUUACUACUAAAAAAGUACCAGCAUCCAGGGGCGUUGUUCGAACGGGGCGAGACCGUUGGGAGCCGCUUCAAACGCCUUGUCCAGCAACUGCUUGAAGAAUUCCCAACGGCAGUCGGUUAAGCAGCGAACGCUUUCCGCAAUGGGUUGCCCGUGAAAGUCCGCGCUUUUAAGAGCCAAGUCGACCGUGACACGCAGCGACUGCUCCUCAGCGAUCUUCAGACGCGCUCCAUUGAUCAUCUGUGAGCGUGGGGUAAGCAUGUUACGGCUUGAAAAGAACAACGCGAAUGAGCAAUGUGAGAAGAGUGGUAGCAGUUUUAGAGAAAAGGCCAUGCGUUCCCUGUGAUUCUUCCUGAGGCUGUAUCUGUUUCGUCGGUGAUGAAAGCGAACGAAAUACGGCGACCAUCUAAAAGAUAGAAACACACGAGUACCGUUUGGAACUGGAACUCUUCGAAGUACUUGCGCAGCAGAGACUCUGGAGGAUCGCCUUGGAUCACAGCCAAGCGCAGCGGAUCCAGAGUAGCAAUCUGAUUGGUGCGGACAAGCGGUUCGCACUGGGUGCAAAACUCGUGGAGGAUCGACAGGGCGGAAACGUCCGCAGUGUUCGCCUCAAGCCUGUAGUUGCAUGCUAAGGAUGGACGCGAAACCAUUUGUAGCGCAUUCGAGCGAAGACGCAUCAGCUUACUUCUCACAACCUUCCGCCAAUAAACUAUAACUCCAUGCUGGCUUCUUCUUGGCGUCCACUACAAAUGUGUAAGAAAGCUGUGCAUAGCAUGGACAUUAUGGCGAUCUUCUUCAUGAGUGUCAUCUUGCAAGUGGCUUAGAAUCAUCAGAAGAAUAGCACCAGUCGAACAAUCCGUAUAGAUCGAGUCGUUGGCCACGAUCAUUUCUGGCGACAACCACGCCGACGAAGAGGGUGCGGCGGGCACAAUCCUCCAGGACCAAGAGACGAGGCGCGAGAGCUGUAACGGCAGCAACGCGGCUUAAUCCGCGCAACAUGCGGCCGGCAGAAGCGCGAGUCGUUUGCACUUCUGCGCGGUUCAUGAUCGAGGUCUGUGUGGUGAUUUUAUGAACGGGGAUGAUGAAUAUGUAAAGAAUCUAAAUCACAGACCUUGAGACGACCGGUGGCGAAACUCUAUCCACGUAACAGAGCAGCGCCCUGCGUUUUCGGUGUCACAACUGAGUGCGACGCUUCUUGUCGCAUCUUUCUUAUGUGUGAGCAUUGUCAUGGAAUGAGACAGCGUCGCGCAGUGGAUGCCUCCAACGUCGGACCCCUUUUAUAUUCAAGACAGCCUGCUAUCUUAUCAUGCGUAGAUCCAAGAAAAUCGCACUCCCUCGGAUGAUUCAGGUCCUCCCAAUUACAGACUUUUACGGUGUGAGUCUGAGACGUUUCCCAAAGUGAAUCUUCAUCAUGUACUAACCUGGACACUCCCAGAAAGAGAAACAGCGCUUGCAAGUUCAUACCCUGCGCAGUGUUUCCCUAUAGUAGUACCGUGAGCCAAAAGCUUGAAGUGUGUCCUUCUUUCAUUACGUCAGCACUCUAAUUCUAUCAGACAUCACUACGCUGGUGAGAUCGUGUUCAGCGUCGGAAAAGGGAUCGAGUCCGCCCAGAGUCGCCAGCUCCUCCGUCAAGCGCGCACCAGAGACGACGACAGAGAUGCGGCGUGCCUCGGUGCUGUACUCGGACACGUUGGCGACAACAGUCUGCACGGCAGCAGUCCCCAUUCCCACCGGAGGCGGACUCAGCUGAGCCUGAGUAGCUCUGUUACGAUUACGGGCCGAGGCGCGGAACACUUCACGAAUUGCAUAGAGCACGUUCGGAAGGGGCUGGGAGGAGUGUGGAGAAAUGGAGAGGGUGAAGGUGGGGCUUGAAUGUCGGAGAAGUACGCGCAAACAUGGAGAGCUUCGCCCUGAAGAUACAAACCGGAAAAGAAGCCAUUCCUUCUACGUAUCAAGCUGAGCACUCUUCUCAUGAUUGGAAGCAUGCUGAUUGAAGUCCAAAACUAUUACAAGAAAGCGCCUGGGCAUGGAUCUGGUUGGCGAUUUCGUUGGCGGCCUCGUCAGAAGGAUUCUGACGCAAACGGCGAGCAGGGCGCUUGCCCUGACCCGCGUGCGGAUUGCGGUUGUUUUGGCGUGGAGGCAUUUUGAGUGACCGCGCGGUCUUUCAAGGGAGCACUGCUGCUGUUGUGUGAAGAUAAGUUAGUUUGAAAACGAGGUAGAAAGAUAUCCGCGAAGGAGUAUCUUCCGCUUUUUGCUGCUACAAGAGGGCGUGAGAGAAAGAAGCGAUGACGAAAAACGCAGGAGAGUUCUCUCUUUACAUGAACUGAAGGAGAGGCAAUCGCAAGAGCAUCUGUCUGCAGAUGAGUGGAAAGUGGUCAAAUUACUCAAAGAGCGACGAGCCCUGUGCCAGCCUACGUCUACGGCAUGCCUAUCGAGUGAAAAAGAAGGGCAGUCUGAUCGGACAAAAAGUCGAGUCCAACAAUGAAAGAGCAAGCUGGUAUAGUCGUCGACACCUUCGGGCUUUACACUGAGAGAAAUAACGAAACAAGUACGACAUCAGUUCAAGUUCAGGCCUUCUUGCUUCUUGAUUGAUUCCGACCUUGGAAAAACCUUACAGAUCCUAGCACCGUUCGCACACUGAUUUAUCGCGGGGGCAAAGGACUCUCUACCUUCUCUGCCAAGAGCAUCCCUCUUACCGUUACCUUCUUGCUUCAUCUUUUCACUUGUACGCCCAAGGGAGCCACGCCUGAACGCUUUCGCGUCUUCCUUCUCUACUCGUGCCAGCAUUGGCUCUCAGCCUUCAUAGAGCAGUAGUCCUUUAUCCUUGGCGAAUUCAUGAGCUCGGCCUGACAGAAUUGUGGCCCACGGGGGUCCUUUCGUAUUCUUCUCACUUCUUCCGAAAGUCCAGCUAUGCACUUUAUGCAGAAAGCUUUGGGCUUUGCAGAUGCAAAAAUUCCUGGGAGCUUCAGAAAUCUUGCAAAAAACAUGCAGAAAGUGCCUCUUUCUUUAGAAAAUUUGGACCCUAUAUUUUCUGACGAAAUAUUUUUUGCAGUAGAAAAAUCUGAGCGAGAACUCAGCUCACUAAGGGAAUUACGUAGGAACUCAAUACUUUUAGGAUUUGCGCUGAUUUUUUCUUAGAAAAUACCUCCCGCAAAGCCAGCGCUUUUCGCUAGAAAAAUAGACACUUUCGGGCGCAUUUUCGUCAAAUUUUUUCUCAGAAAAAGUGAAUUUGCGUCAUGUCUUACAUGGUAUUUCGCAGCUGCCUUCAAGUGCGCUCUUCUUCAGUUUUUGCGCUUGCAAAAGCUCCCUAGCCCCCAUCCGCUUAGAAGCGUGCCUCGCCUGCUUUUCGCUUGCAAAUUCUGCUCCUGCUGCUGCUUGCUGUUGCAAGCUACUCCCCGACUUGAGGGGGAUCCCCCUUUUGGCCCUGCGACUUGCCGCAGGAAGCUACUAGCUACCCCAAUUGCCCUGCACUAUACACAUAAGAAAUAUAAGCUCUCUACUCAAGUAUUGCCUUCUUUUACUUAGUUCACAAGUAUUCGGCCCAAAUCAAUAACGAGAACAAUUGGGGAAGUGUUCACUUUACUACUAUUAGUCAGUCUAUGCCAUUUUUUCAAUAAGAGACAGAGGCUCUCUGUAUGAAAUUCACCCUUGCGGUAGUUCAGUUUAUGCGCAGCAAUUCUACAAGGCUGAGAGCCUCUGUUUUAGUCUAUUCAUGAAGAAGGAGAAGGCCCCUUAUGGAUGAUCGUCGAAAUCUUCAGAGACGUCGUCCUCCUUCCCUGCUCGCAGAGGCGUGAGUGCUUCAUCGCAAAGAGCCUUCAUACGAUUGAAGAUUCUCCAGUUUUCUCCUUUCAAGUGCUUCCAAUGCUCCCGCCCGUAAUGUAGACACUCAGAGACGUAGUCCUGGCACUCCAGAGCCGACUGCCCUGGAUUCCCACACUUGUGCUUUCCAUUCCGUACUGUAGGCAGGGCCCUGCUCUGUCCACAAUGAGCCGCACCCUCAACGCCCAUAAGGCUGCAAGAUAGGCCACAUGGUGGCACUCGUUUUCAGGAUACUGAAACUUCCGAAUGCCAUACUGACUCUUGGGCAGCAAAUCAAUAGAAGCGCGCCUCACCACCUCCAGAAGUCUCGCCUUCCUACUCUCUUCCACGGUUAUUCGUAAGCGAUCCGUUAGCCUCCCGCUUUGUUUGUAGGUAGUAACUGAAGACCCAUCUGCAACUUUGAGCCCUUCUAUUUGUGUACAAGCCAGCGACCUACUGACGAACGCCUUCUGCUCGUAGUGCUGUCGUGUGAUGUCCUCCCCAAGCUUCAUAGCAGUAGGCUUCCCUUUCUGGGCCUCUUUUUUAGGAGAAGUGGGGACGGUUUUGCUGAAUUCUUCUCGGUCCGCUUUUUCUGCUGCUUCCUUUACUGGGAGAGAAGUCGCCUGCAGUAGCCUCUUUUAGUGUGUCUUUGUUCUUCUUCUUAGGAUUAGCUUCUGGAUUGAAGACGUGUGGGCGCUUCGCUUUUUUGAUUCCCCCGCCCUCUGCGUGUUGGCCUCUAACCCUCUUCCGCUUUUUCUCAUUGAUUCAACAUGCGCUGCAGUAGAUUGCUGUUUCCAGUAGUGUCUCCGCGUAGUUCUACUUCUUCUGCCUUCUUAUUCUUCGGCCUGACAGUCAUCUCGUGCCCUCGAGCUACUUGCACAGCCAAGCGACUUCCUUCCUGUUCCCCCAUGAUGUUCGCCUUCCACAACCUCACCGGACUACGCUGGUAGGCCGGCUUUUUAGGCAGGGCUGCACUGUGAGCGAUGGCGUCUGUCAAGCGCCAACGCUCGCCUCGCGCACGAGGAGCAGCGUCUAGCCGCACCCCACUAACUUCAGCGCAUUUGAGAUCGACUCUGAGUGAUAGCAUGACGCGAGGCAAGUCCCCCUCCCCUUCAGCCAGGAGGCCUCCCGGCUCAAAUUCCUCUGGAGUAUCGAACUCGAUGAGGAAAACAUACACAGGACUCCCCAGCAGUUCCUCCUCAGUAUCAUCUUCAUCUUCAACAAUAUCAGUUCCUUCGUCGGCAGCAGUAUCUUCCGCCACUUGUAGUGCUAGUUCGUCACCGCCUUGCUCUUUGGCUUUCUUCCUUGCACUGCGACAAGCUGGCGCCACUUUCCUCUCUGUCGUGUGCAGUUGCCUCGGCUGGAUGGUGGUGGUACUAGGUUGGUGCUUGAUCUUCUGCCACCAUCGUCGGCAAAGCCCUUCGCGCUUCUUUUCAGCAUGUGUCAAAAGCAUGGCACUGCCAGCCAACCACUUGCGGAGCUUACUGCGGACGCCAUCGAAGAAAGCUCGCUCCUGAUUUCUACAAAAUUCGCCAAUUUCUUGCGCUUCUUCUUCAUCCUCGUCACUUUCUUUAAAAGUAGUAGGCUGCUGCGCAGAAGAAGCGCCAUUCUCUCCUUCGUCAGCUACUUGCUGUUUCUUGAUCGCGUCCAUAGUCGCCCUGUCGAGCUCUCUCUUUGGAACGGUGGAGACGUCGUUACCCGUGGGAAGCAUCGGCCCUAUUCCCGGCACCACCUCUUUCUUCUUGAAGGCCCUUCUCCAUUUGACUGAUUUCGCGAUGUCGUAGGCGCGCUUGUACUGGUAGCGCCGCUUUUUCUGCUUCGGCUUCUUCUUCAGCUCUGCAGUAAGGUCAUUGGCAGCAGCACGCGACUCGCUGGCGAUUGCGUCUGCCCGCAUCUGCAGUGCGGUGAUAUUCUUCAUCGCUCUGUUCCCCGCCCCAUUUUUCGCCUUUCUCUUCACACGCUGCACUUUGGUCUCAACUCCUUUACUUCUCCGCUUCUGCUCGUAGAGAACAGUCAUCACUCGACUCAGCUUAGCUUCCUGCGUUUGACUGUCAUCCCGCUGCAUGACCCACCGGCGAAGCGACUCUAGUGCGCAGUAUCCUGGAUCCCCAUCGUGUAUGACUGAGAGGCCCAGCCGGAUUAAGGAGCUCAGGGUCGCUUUGCCGUUGAAGUAAUCUUCGAGGAAGCUUUCAUGAACAUCCCGGAAAGAACCGGGCCGCCGAUCGAACAUGACAGCACUUGCAACGCAAGCAAGCUGCGCGCCCGUAGCGAAAUUGUAUACGUAGAAUCGGAAACAGGCGAAAUAAUGGCAAUAGACUGGGAACGAAAGUAGUGACAGAAGCAGAAUCCAUCUAAAAACCCCGACCCGCCUGCUUUCUGUAUCCAUUGGAGAGCUCCACUCUCAAGAACAUGAUCUAGAGUUGUAGAUAGUAGUACCGUUGCGAUCUGCUCCGUCGAUAGCUGUUCGUGGCAUAAUGAGGAAACGUCCGCCGCAAGGUCCUGCACCUCUCCCAACUGCUUCAGCGUUUUCUCCCAGUCCUCUUGGCAAGUGUCUCGUAUUUCAAACGCCCACAAUUCUUAUCCUGCAACUCGAUCAGGAGAUAAUGACUGAUCGGCUGCCCCAGCAGGUACUCGAAAUAACAGGACACACACAGCAAGAAGGCGUCGCCUGAAGAGUAGAGGAAAGUAAAGGGUUGCCUCCACUAGGUUCCUUCUCAAGUGCAACAAUUUGCAACAAGUGAAAAAUGCUCUACAUCUUUAUCAGAACCUGACCAGGGCCGUGCUUGUCUUUGAUGAGUCAUCUACGCUCUUCAUGGGGUUGCAGUAUAUAAUGGCGCGAAGGCCUAUGGAGUUUAGCUGUGCCCUUUUUCGAGUUGACUGCUCGAAUUGGAUUUACAUGCGCUCCGUCCUUCAAUUUGAUUUGAUCGCCAUAAAGCCGGCUGGCGACGACGCUCACGUGGUACAAAACGCAGAGCAGAAGCUUUCCUGUUUCUGUGAUGAAGGUUGUCCACCUGCUCCAAGAAGGAGCUCGGAAUCCUGACGUUAGUCGGUGAAAGGCUAGUCGUAGCUGCUUUGCGUUUCCCGUGUUUGUGUGCACCUUCCUCUGGAUGCUCACCAUCCACAAACUGCACUUGCUUCAGGGCGGCCUUAUCUUUUUCUGCAACUCGAAAUAGCUUCGAUAAGUGCUCCAAGCGCUCCGGGGCUUGGACAUCCGGAACUUCGUGCAAGUAGUUGCUCAUAAAACUGGUCAGCCCGGUGGAGAUGUCUCGUCGCUUCAGGCUCAUUGAUUUCGCCUGAAAUGAUAAACAAGCUCAAUAAAAUAAGUCCACGCGUAGCUAUCAGCUUACGAAGCUUCUUCAGGGAGAAGAUCAAUCAUCAGGCCAAGCAACUCAACUACAAUGGAACUCACUCGCUUCCGUUCAAAUCCUCAGCUUGUACUUAAAACUUAACAGAGUCUAGUGUCGCGAGGUGAGCCCUUUUCUCCCACGUCUUUCCAUUCACCCGCGCGCAGGACAACGCGACUGAAUUUGAUUCCCUUGCUAUGAUUGCGGCCUGGUGAAUACGGCACCUGCCAGGCCAGUAAACUCCUCUCCUCCCAUUCUGCAUCGCGCUUGAAGUCCAGUGCCGGCCAAUCCAGGGCUGCUGGCUCUGCGUUGAACCUCCCGAAUCCGUGUAGUAGAGGAAGAUGAGAAGUUUACCCUGUGGGAGAUGUCUUAGAAGCUCGCCACUUUCUGCCACAUUGAGGACACAAUCCGCCACGUCCGCGGCCUCCGUAAGUUCAAACGGGACUGGGACGUAGACUCGAUGCACGGUUUCACUGUUUCCUCCAUGCUGUUCAGACUGCCGAUCUGCUUCUUGAAUCUCCUGCGCACGCUUAGGCGCGAAUAAAAUGGCCUCAGUUGGUAUUCGAGCCCAGCCACGACGUUGAGAACCAGCUGCAUGCCACGACAGCACGUUCCCAAUGGCAAACCAUUUAUUUUAGAGCCGCGCCGUACUUCUCUGCCUGCCUCGCCGACUUCGAGGACCGACCGAGAAGUCCCGUCACCUUCAGAACGGUAGGUAAAGUCGCAGCGUGUUGCCUUCUGAAGAAACUCGACUACUUGAUCUUUCGCUGCUUGCUUUAGCCCAUGGGUGGUCUUGUGCAGCGUCCUCCUAUCAGGUCCAUCGACUUUCAAAGGAGUGGACUCCUCGAAGUAUCUAUCAAGGAAGGCCUGGGCUUCCUCCUCCUUCGGUGUUAGAACCAACAGGCGCUGCUGCUGCUCUCGUUUCGGCUUUGCGAACGAUCGCUGCGCUCGCUCGCUCAGACUCUUUCCCUCGGCGGGCAUUCUUAUUCCGUUUAAGCAUAGCAGAGAGUAAAUCCUUCGGCGUCUUGAAAUGCUUGCAGUAGUCUUAUACUCUCACGGUUCAACAUGCAAAAGCAGAAGAUCUGAGACCUAGUCUUUCCGUUGUUUCAGCCAGCUUCUUUCUUUGAGGAUAUGAAGCCUAACACACACGCAGACUUUUUUUUUUUCAGUCAAUAUGCAGCCUGCUUUUUCCAGCCAUUUCGUCCUUUUUCUUCGUCUUGUUUCAGCGAAGAAACUACGCCGGCUUUUGCGCUUUUCGAGAGGUGCUCGAGGUCAAGGGAAGUCUCUCACUCGGCGAUGCUCUUUCUCCUCUCUGCGAGAGCCAUUCGCUUUUCGUCUUGCUCUGUAUUUUCGAACUGAAUACCGAGGCGACAAACAAAUCAAGGCCUUCAAUCGAUCAACUUAUCCGCUUGAAGAAUAACACUGCCGCCUUGUGAGUGAUGCGUUUCUAUGCUGCCGCUGUGCAGUGAGCUAGGCUUGUUCUCAUGCAUAUGCAUCCCCAUCACAGUCAGAAACUGAAGCUCACAAGGACCACGCGCAUAGCCGUAGGUCUCACACAUCGCGGCGCUAUGCUUUCAGUUCCGGUCUUCCAUGCGCUGAAUCCCCAUUCCGAUUGUACAUGAACCGACACGCUCGAGCGCGCUUCUGGUUGUACAUAGACGCGACAUCUCUUUUCUUGCGGCGAUGUGCUGCCGCAGUCGUAUGAGCAAGGAGCGAGCACUCCCUGCAAGUUCAGCGAGCUCAUCCCCACAAAGAUCUACUGAGCGAUAAGUCAACCGACUACAGACCACUUCAAGGAGGCCAGACCUAAAACCACUGAGGUGGAGAAUGGUCAUAUUUAAGGCGUCCUUAACUCAGAUCCGCGCGCUGUUCUGCACUUCGGAGGCCGUUCCUGCACGUCUUUCCAUCAAAUCGCUCCCAAAACCAACAGACAGACUGAAAUAUUGAAACUGCCGCCCUACCAACAAAGUAGAGCGAUCUGAUGCAAACAGAUCAACGAGAUCCAACCCACUGAAACAAAAACGAGCAAGCGCGUUUUUUUCUUCAUAUUUCCUCCAGUUUUCUCAUCAGCUCUGACGGGGUCAAUCUAAUGUGAUUCCUCAUGCUUGCGCCCAGCCUGGCAUCUUCUUGCGCAGUUUCAGUUAUUGCGAAGCUGAUGUGUUCGGCUAUGCGCUGUUGCAAUUCGCCUGGCCUUCCUCGUAGACAUGUGGCGCACUUUCUUAAUGAGGCCACGCGCCUCGGCAUCUAGGGGCUGGGGCGGCAGUCUCCUGCGCGUGUCCAAGUUAAUCUGCCCCCGCAUCGUUUAGAACUCGAGCCGGCAGUCUUCUUGGGCGUGUGCACCGUUGUCGGACAUUUUGCGCUCUGUUUUUUUAACCAUCAAACUAACGCUCUCGGAAUGGGGCAAGACCUCGCCCCCAAAGGAAGGGCUUAGGCAUAGCAAUACACUGGCGCCAAAUACAUUUUGCGAGAUGCUCGCUGUAGCGUUUACGUUCUUCAGCCCCACCUGCAUGGGCUUAGCUGGGGCACUCCUUGCAAGUCUUUUUUUUUAAAACGCCUCGUCUUCCUUUUUUGAUUCGUUGCUUGUGUAUAUUUAUUCCUGGGCAGAUGUCGCUGCACUCUUGGAAGGUGUGUCGCUUCAGAAUGUUCAUAGGCUGGCUGCGUACUUGUCACGCCGUGGCGCCUUUUUGAGGGUUAUGCCCUCCUGCAUGAGCCAGCCCUGGCGUUAUAUUCUGCUUUUCUUACAGCCGACCUCUGGCAUCUGAGCUGCGGCGUCUACGUACUAUUUUCGGUGGCGAUUCUCUCCCAUUGAGCAAGCAAGGCGCAGCUUAAUUACUCACAAAAAAAGCCUUUAGGUGAGCGCGUUUGUUAUACUUCAGUGGGCCCUGAUCGUGGAGGCCUUCCGAAUUCGCUUCAACAGGGGGGGCUCGCUUAUGAUGCCUUCGGCUCGUUCUACUUGAGAGCACGGCAGACGUUCGAGCAUUUGCUACAUAAAAAAAGCCUUGGGGUGGGCUAACGUUGCUAGAUCAGUCUAUCGCUCUAACAGGUCAGAGCUGCGCUUCGUGUGCGUUGGAAUGCCUCAGAUAUUGCUCAUCUGUUUCCUAACCUAACCUGACUAAAGCGGGCGCCUACUCAGCUCUCUAGUCUACUUCGGGGAUGUCGUCGGAGUUGACAUCCACGCAGGCCCAUGCCAUCUCUCUCUGCUUCAUGAUUUUCCGCUGCUCUUUCGAUGGCUUGGGGUGCGGCACUCUAUGCGGGCGCGGGUUCUUGCACUGACCCCGCACAAACUGACGGCGCAACAACUUCGGAAACCAAAGCCCGCCGACGGCGUGGGGAGCUUCAGGCAUGUGGGGCAAUGGUUCGGCAGGUUCUGCCCGUACACUGGGGAGGCCGUCUCGCCGUUGCGCCGCUACGGCAAGAAUGGAAGGGGCCGCGUUCCUUCGAGGGUGUGCGACUCCCACAACGACAAAGAGGGAAAGAAGGCGCAGAACAUCGCAGAGGGUGGGCUCUCCUCUCCUCGUAGCAACUGCGCUGGGGGUGGCGCGUCUUCAUUAUGCGACUCUGCUGACGUGUGUGCAGCAUGCUGGGGGACUCAGACAGACCCAGGAGGACGACGAAGGCCAAGCAUCACCGGCCUCGGCUACAAAGCUGGCAAGGGUUGCGGAAUCCUUUGGAACAUCACAGAGAAAGAAUCCGGCGCGGCCUGUUUCGCUGUGUUAGGUUGUCGGGGCGCCACUCGUGGGCACCGUGCUGCCGUCCGUCAUGAUCAUCGCAACAGCGACAACACCAAAGAACGCACUAAGGAUCGCCUCCGGCGAGAUCUGUCCAGGAACUAAGCGCGUGCGGAAAAAGGCAAACGGGCUGGCGCUUGACAUCUUUCAGGAGUGUGGCGGCGCGUUCGGUUUCUCGCUUUCGCCAGGCGCUGACCUUCCGGGCCUUGGCUUCUUAAUAUCUCGCCACUUUCUUGGAGCUGAUGACGCAAAGCGCGAGCUUGGGCGUGCAGCCAGCCAACCAAUAGCGGACGGCGUGCCUGUUCGUGAGCUGGUGGCGCGCUUAUAUGGCAUCGAACUCGACGACGAGCCUCUACCUACGCUCGACCGUUUUCGUGGGGCUCAUGCUGAGAGAGCGAGCAUGCAGGGGGCGCGCGCGCAACGGCUAAGCCGCUAGCACGUUCGAGAGCAACAAAAGCGAAGGUGAGGCCUUCGCUCUUCUUCUAAGCUUGGCAGGCAGAGUAGUCGGGGCUUCUCUGUCGCUUGCAGCAACAUCAGCGCAGCAGGCUUGCCUCUGCGGCGUCGUGAAUAAGCUGCCCGCUUUUCUUGAGCGCUUUCUCUCAACGGGUAGCGCACUGAUUACGGAGGCAGCAGAACAGGCCAGAGCUUGCGCCUCGAUUGCAUAGCGCAAGGCCGCACGGCCUCGGCCCUCAGGUAAAACGAUCGCGGGAGAAGUUCUUGCGCGCCACUGGUGUGGCGCUCGCAGAUUCGGGCGCGCCAUCUUCAAGGCGGGAGAGCCUCUCUCUUGUCGUGAUGGACAGACCAGGAAGGAAGACCGGCUAUCGCAGGAAGUGCCGGGGCAUCGCAGAGCCCUCAGGCGCAUGCAGUACGCACCUCGAGGCAGUUCGGCUGAAGCUAAACCGAUAUCGAUAGGCUUCAAGCUUAGCGCCAGAUAUCAAGGGGGUCCAUUUUAUGACGAUAGGCGGCCCUCUUAUUUUUCGACGGAAAUGCAGGCACAGCAGCGCCGGCCGAUCUUCUUCUGAACGGGGAGCAAGUUGAUCACCAAGCAGAGGGCGUUGCCGUUGUAGUACAAGAACAAAGUAGCAGCUAUUCUUCUGCUUUACAGCCUGAAGAGCUACGCUCAUCAGUAGGGCAACCUGCCGGGGACUUACUGGCAGCAGCUGAAGAGCUAGCAGGGCCAGGGCACGGAGGCCGCGACGGUGCUACUGGUGACGAUUCGGGCUUAGUGCGUCCGCCUGCGGAGGGACGACCUCGAGCAAGAUCUUCAGCACAACGCCACGCCAGGACAAGCAGCGGCUCGCAUAGAUGUGGGAAGCAUUGGCAUCGGCGUGCAGGGGUUCGUAGCUGCAGAACUGGAGCACGCCGAGCAGCGUGGGAGGCGCGGCUUGUUGGACGGCUUGGCUUGGCUCCCCUCCCGCUCGCAGAUCAUCCAAGCCGGAAGAUCUUGCGCGGGCAGACGUUCGACGAGUUCGGAGCUUGCUAUCGGGUUUAUGUAUCGAAGAAAUUUCGCGCCAAGAUCUUAGAGCGCUCCCGCUGUUCGCCUCUCGACGCUGGGCGCCAAGGUCGUGGCGCGGUGCUUGUAAUGAUCGGGCAGCGCUUUUUCGUAGGGGCGAAGGGAUGCGGCGGCAGGCUCGCUGCCCUUGCAGGGUGUGCAAGGUUUGCGCGCAGAGCAAACGGCGCGCGACCGUGCGGCCUUAUCCGCGAUCUAGUAUGCGGACGCACCCGGCUGACCCUUAUGGGGUUGCCUUCGUUGGACAGAUGGCGCCGCGUAUGGGUUUCGUGUACGUCCUUCCCUGCGUCUGUCGUCUUAGCGGGUGGACUUUCUUUCGGUGUGUCACCGGGGUGACUUCUGUAGCGGUGGGCCGUGGCGGGAUUACUCCUCGUUCAGCGUCGGGUCUAGUCCGUCUAAUUCUUCCUCUUCCUUGCGCCUGCUCCUGUGGUCUUUUUAUUUCGUGAGCUUCGUAGUGACAGAGGGCUGCGCCUCGUUUGCAUUUCAUAGCGCAGAUAAUCAGCAAAAUGGGCGAGAUGUUCAACUAUCGACAUUUUCGCGGGAGCGCCUACAGCCCCACCUCGCAACUGCUCAGCGAACAAGCGCGCAGACCCCUCAGCGAGUACCCUCGCAGCUUUCUGCUACAAACAUGAGGCUGAGGAGAUUGCGCGCAGUGCGUUGCGCCUUUUCGGUGGGCUUUUCGCUGCCACACGCAGACCAGACAGGCCGCGUCGGGCUUUCGCCUUUGCAAAUCGUUCGCGGCCGGGAGCCAGCUUCUGCCUUGCGACUCUCUACCGGAUCCAGCAGCGAGCACUUCGAAAGGUACUGCCCUGGGCCGGGCGACUCGAAUGGCUGGCAGAGGCGCGCGACAUGAUCCGCGAACGCGCCGAAGAGCUGGCUGGGGCUUACGUCGAACAGGUCACCAAGCGCCACGGGAUUCAAUUCGGGCCACUUAGCGGCCUCGCCUGUGUGGUGGGUACGGCACUCGGGCACAGCGUCGGCGUGUCGCAUCGUUUGCAGCCUUUGGCGCGCGGUCCGUUCCGUGUUGUGGAGACCAGAGCUGGCGGCGGCCAAGCUAGCGACUUUGGGCGGGGGGUGUGUUCGUUUUGUGCUUUUUUUUGUGUGGUGUUUUGUCAUUUUUGCAACGCCACCUUUAGGCGUUUUUGGUUUGUAGGUUUUUUUGCGCUAGUGUGCAAAAAAGAGCGGACCCCCAACACGUUUCCGGGCGGCGUUUUUGGUGGGUUUGGGGACAAUCUGUGACAAAAAACAGCAGAAAAAGCAACACGACAGAAAGCGCCGUGAACAAAAGCGCAAAAAAGUAGCACCAUGCUCCGCGGCCGAUAAACCGGGGGACGCCUUUGCGGAAGCAGGGGCCGGCUCGGGUAGCCCGUGACGCGGCUGGAGUCUGUGUAACUUGCUGCCGGCUUCCGCCGGUGUUCGCGUGGGCGUGUGGUCAGCAGGCUUGGUAGCCAGGACUGGGGCUGGUUGGCUGCAGCAGGGCGUGGGCGCGAAUGUCUUCCCAUUCGAGUCGGGUGCGAGGGAUUGGGGGCGCGGUUGGGGGGGCAGAUGGCUUGGAAUUCCAGCGGCUCUGGGAGGUUUCGCUCCGUGGCUGACUCUUCGGCCAGUCGUGGCGCCCGUUGGGAUUCCGUUGAAGUAGAUUCGUCUGCCCUGUGGCGGGAUGUCGGCAUCUCAAAGGAUUGCAAUUUGCAAAAGUAAGUAGGAGAGGAAUAAAAAAGAUGCUAGCGAUUCCCCUGCAGGGGUCUGCGUGGGGUGAUGCCUCGCCUUCACUCCAGCUGGCAGUCAAAGAAAGAAAGAGCUCGCUUUUCCAGUAGUUGCAGUUUUGUCUUGAUCUUAGUUCAGUUGUAGGCGGAGGGAAUGUCUUUGCCCAAAUUUGUUUUUGUAUCUCAAGAGUUUGCAUCUACUAGUGCUAAAACUAGAACUACUUAAAGAUGAAGUUUGCGCCACUUGUUUCGGCUUACUUUCCCAGGCCAGAGCCCUUACUUUCUGAGGCCAAAGCGACCGCUUUGAGCCUCACUUUCCAAAACCCUUACACUUUCGCGCCACUUCCUCUUACUUUUUCAGGCCAGAACCGCUCUACUAGACGCUUCGUCGUCGCGUGGGCGUCUUAUAAUCCUUUUAGAAUAUUACAUGGGGGAAACCCUGUGCAUUGUUGGUUUGGUCAACCCAUCUUUUACACCAUCUCUCAGCCAGUUCCUUCUUGGAACAAGCUCAAAGGUGUACUAAAAGACGGGCUGUCGGUGCCUCUAAUUUGGCGGGUAAGGAGACAGAGGCGGGGAAACAUAGUUUCCGUCAUGUAGUGGAAGAAGCGAACUGGCGUAGCAGCCUGCGUAGUAUGCGAGACGAGUUCGCAAGAGGCCAGUCUGGAGGAGCACAAUCACGACUGCUCUCGCAUAACCUAGAGCCAGAUGAUGAGGGGGUCGUUGACUUUUAUUAUCAAAUAUGAAAGACAACGAAGCUUUUCUAUCCCCUCCUUAGUUUUUCUAUCCCUCUGAUAGAAGAACUUAUGAUUUGACGCAAUCCUUACGGCUGAAUUUUCUCAAACUAUACAGUGAGUAUCUGUCUGCUGCGGUGCCCUACGUUGAGCGCCCCCUGGCUCUUUUGCUUUAAGACGAGAAGGCGAGCCACGUGUCCACAAGCACCCCAAAGUAGUUGCCGAGCGGUGCCUGCGAGUUCUGUUGAGAGAUAUAAUGAGACAUAUAGAAGGAGAAAGUAGGAGGACAAGUAGAAGUGAAUAGGCUGAAGUACAACAGAGGCACAAACAUCACAAGGAG